GCCCGACGAGCAAAGACAGGCUUGUUUAAUGAACGCUGUGUGCCCUUAUUUUACUAGAUCUGAAAUAUGAAUCGGUAUAAUCUGUGAUCUUGUGCAUCAUAGAUCGAGUAACGCAUAAAUUACCGGUUCGCUGGGACAUCUGUACCUGCUUGGGAGGCAGUUUGUGUUCAGGAAUAAUACCUGUCAGAAUGUGUGGCAUUGAAGACGACACAAGAUGGAUAAUCCGCCAGUAUGGAAAGGUUUUGUGUUUGAUGGCGAACUAGCAAGAUGAUUGGGGGAUUGUUUAUAUACAACCACAAGGGAGAAGUCCUUAUCUCCCGAGUGUUCCGAGAUGACAUUGGUCGGAAUGCUGUUGAUGCUUUCCGUGUCAAUGUCAUCCAUGCCCGCCAGCAGGUUCGGUCGCCAGUGACAAACAUUGCCCGAACCAGUUUCUUCCACAUCAAGAAGUCCAACAUCUGGUUGGCUGCAGUUACAAAACAGAAUGUCAAUGCUGCUAUGGUGUUCGAGUUUCUCCAUAAGAUGGUGGAAGUUAUGCAGUCCUACUUUGGCAAAAUCUCGGAGGAUAAUGUCAAGAACAACUUUGUCUUGAUUUAUGAAAUUCUUGAUGAAAUUUUGGAUUUUGGCUACCCCCAGAACACUGACACAGGUAUCCUGAAGACGUUCAUCACACAGCAAGGUGUUAAAUCUCAGACAAAGGAAGAGACAGCUCAGAUCACGUCACAAGUAACAGGCCAGAUUGGCUGGCGCCGAGAGGGAAUCAAAUACCGGAGGAAUGAACUGUUCUUGGAUGUGCUGGAAUCUGUCAACCUUCUCAUGUCACCACAAGGUCAGGUGCUGAGUGCCCAUGUGGCUGGAAGAAUUGUGAUGAAGAGCUAUCUGAGUGGAAUGCCGGAGUGCAAGUUUGGUAUUAAUGAUAAGCUGCUAAUGGAGAGCAAAGGCAAGAGUAGCUUGGAUGACACAGCAAGCAGGGGGAGCCACUUUGGUGGAGGAGGAAAGACGUCUAUAGCCAUUGAUGACUGUCAGUUCCACCAGUGCGUCAAGCUCAGCAAGUUUGAGACAGAACACAGCAUCAGCUUCAUUCCACCUGAUGGAGAAUUUGAACUCAUGAGAUACAGAACAACCAAGGACAUUAGUCUGCCCUUCCGUGUGAUCCCCCUUGUCAGGGAGGUUGGGAGGCAAAAGAUGGAGGUGAAGGUUGUUGUGAAAUCAAACUUCAAACCGUCGCUGUUGGCCCAGAAGGUUGAGGUGCGGAUCCCAACACCACUCAACACUAGUGGAGUGCAGGUGAUCUGUAUGAAGGGCAAGGCUAAGUACAAGGCCAGUGAAAAUGCUAUAGUGUGGAAAAUCAAGCGUAUGGGUGGGAUGAAGGAGUGCCAGCUGAGUGCUGAGAUUGAACUCCUCAACACAAAUGAUAAGAAGAAAUGGACUAGACCCCCAAUAUCAAUGAACUUUGAGGUUCCGUUCGCCCCAUCAGGUUUUAAGGUUAGGUAUCUGAAAGUAUUUGAGUCGAAGAUGAACUAUAGCGAUCAUGAUGUCAUCAAGUGGGUACGGUACAUCGGCCGGAGUGGUCUGUAUGAGACACGAUGCUGAACACAACUCAACUAGGAUAAAACAAUUCAAAUUCCCUGUCUACCUGGAUACAAGUCAUGUUGUUAUCAUUAGGUAUUAGAUGGAAGUGUUGUCUAGACACAGAAUUACCUAACUAUUACGUAAAUUCAUUUUACUGAAAUGUGUGACAUGGAAAGAGUUUUCAGUUUUUAUCAAGGAGCAGCUCCAUUUUCAAAGCAUUAAAGCCAUUACUUAACUAAGCAUAUCAUUUAGAAAUAUAAACAUUGUUCAUGUUCACUUUCCCCCAGAACGCCUUUUUUUAAAAUGGGUCAAAAUAAUGUGUGCUACUGACAAAUUGUUUUGCUCUUUUGAUUAAUAUCCCUUUGUGUUGAGAUUGCUGUGUGAAAAGGUCAAGUUUCCCCACAUCCAGUUUGACUUUUCCCUUCUGAUAGAGGGUUUGUAAGAAGAUGUUUUUCACAUACAGUCUGAAACCUCUUUCCAUUUUACAGUUUUGGAACACAGUUUACCAUGUGCAGUGACCUAGAUACCACCAGAAUUGUAACUUGUAACUUGCAUCUUCCCCAAAAUAUCUUGGACACAAACAUCUGAUGCUUUUGAAAUUUUCUUGUGAAUCUUGAAACCUUUGUCUGUAAAACAGACUGCCCACAGGUCAAGCUCCUCACAGUGAUAGCCUGUUUGAGGAGCUCUCUAUACUAUCGCUGCCACCAGUCACAGCUCCCCACUGAGUUAGAGUUGCACUCACAACCGACUGACCAUUUUGUUCAAGUGAUGACUGUUGUAAUGCUAUGACUCUUCCCCCAGCUAAAUAAUAUUCUUUGUUUUUCAAUUUGAAUUUUCCUUUCUUUACAACUAUCAUGUAAUGGUAUUGUAAGAAUGUAAUGGGAAAGUUGGGUGCUUUUCUGUUGGGUGCAAUCAUGAACCAAUCUGAUUAAACAAUCAAAGCAGAAAUUUGUCUUGGAAAUACUGCUAAGUCAGUCGUAACCCUUUUAAAAAUUCACUUUGAUGGCACAAAGAUAUGAAUGUCACUACAUUUGGGGUUAGAGGGACAAUUUCAAGGUUCUUGUAAUGGUCACAUCCACACUGAUGGCAGCGAUGUUAAGGGAGUGUAACGAGGGUGUCACACUUGACACGCUGGGAAGGAGGUUGUCCAUAGAUAUUACAAGGGAGAUGACUCUUGCAUAUCUGAAAACUCAAUUUGUUGAUGUUGACACAAAAGUGUGAAUAGAUCUUGAAAGCAACAUUCAUGUUGAUCACCAAAUCUAUUUGAUUUUGCUUAGAUGUACAAACUGUGAAUUUAUUAGAGACAUGUGAUAUUAAUGUUGUGUCUAAAGAGUUGAGAUUAGAUGUGAGUGUUGUCAUUUGUAAAGAGGCAACCCAUAUGUAACUAUCAUUAUCUAUAUUCAUGUCAAUAUUAACAAUUCAAAUGUUUCAAUGCCAUUUGACGUUGUUAUGAAUUCUUACUUCAACUUUGUGUUUAUCAGAAAUCAUGUACAAACUUUUCCAGAAAACCAAAUUACACUGAACAUAUUGCAUUUGAAAAACCAAAGUGCAAUACAAAUAGCCAUAAGUGUAAUAAUAUUCCUUGUGUUGUGCUUCUGAUUGUUGCGACACCAGGUGUCAGAUGCCAGCAUACUAAAUCAUUCUGUUUAUUUUCCAACUAUUUUUUUCUUUAAGUUUCAGUUACAAAGUAUGAACUCACACUUUUGAACUGAAACAAUGUCAUGUAUGUGUUACGAAGUGAGAACGGAUACUUACCCUUGUUUCUUGGGUUCUUGUACAAAUUGUGUUGGAGAACUUUGAUUUGUUAUGUUACUGCCUUAGCUUUUAUCAUGUUAUGUCUUAUGUUAUCGCUUAUACCUAUCUUUAACUUUCACUCUUUUGCAUGGAUUUGGUGGGAUCAAUUGUAAAUACUGAUAGUUGAGCAAGUUGGCUAGAAGUGUCACAGAUUAAGUAAGAGCAGAUAUUACUGCCAAUAUUGCAUUCCAUCUACAUAUGCAUGAUUUUGUGCUACAGAUGUCAAGCUUCAACUGCUAUUGGUCAGCCAGAUAAAUGAUGCUUUCAGUGUUAGGUAUUCUUUACACAGUGCACCCACGUUAGUGACACCCUGCUGUACUUGCCCUGUAAGGACACUUAUGCAUCAUAGACUGUACUAAAAACGUCACUGUUCACGCUGGUGUGGGUUAGUUGACACUUAAGAGUAAAUAUCAACGUGUAUUUGGAGCCGAUCUCUCUUCCUUGGGGAACUCCUCAAGUUAGUCAGUGUGGUCUGUAGAAUUGUAUAGAAAUAACCUUCAGGGUUUGUUAGAAUGAAAUAAUUUUGAAUUACCUAAAUUUGAUGUGUAUUUAUGUGAGACUGUAUGGAAAGCACUGAAAUAGUCUGUGGUAUGAUUAGAUAUAUAUAAGCACAUCACUCCCCUGAUUCCCCUCAUCUAUGUGCUGUAUGUUUAUAUUGUCUGGUAUACUGUAGGCAAUAAAGUAUAUCCUUGUC